CCGUCCGGGCCAGGAGUGGUUGAAUGACUCACUCCUCCCAGCCUGCACUCAUGAACCGAGGCCAGGCCUGUCUCCUAGCAACUCAGGAGAACCUGCUGAUGUCGAGAUCUCAGUGCUGAAGCAUGACUUGAACAAUGUGGAACAGAUGCCAAGAACCAUAGCUCGGGAUGGGCACCCGGCCAGGGCUGCUUCUGCCAAUCGUGGUCUUGCUGCAGUUGUGGGGGACACGGGGCUACAAUCCAGAGACCUGCGGGAAGCGGCCCUUGGCACCCAAGCAUGGCAGGAGUGUGCGGAUUGUGGGUGGCAUCGACGCCUCGCCCGGAAUGUGGCCUUGGCUGGUCAGCAUCCAGAUCCCCUCUUCCAAGGGACCUCGGCACUCAUGUGGGGGGUCCCUCCUUGCCGAGCACUGGGUCCUCACCGCAGCUCAUUGCUUCAAGACCAAGAAGAGCUCAUUGCAUCUUUGGCGGAUUGUGGUGGGAGCAACAGAUCUUUCCAAGUUGCCAGACAAUGUGCAGCUACACUCUGUGAGCAAAGUGGUCCUCCACCAAGACUACAAUCCCCUCACGGAGGAUAAUGACAUCGCGCUGAUAAAGCUGGACAGCCCCGUGACCUUCAACGACUAUGUGCAACCAGCCUGCUUGCCUCGGGUCACGAUGGGCUCUGAAACCAGCUUCACGAGCUGCUUUGUCAGUGGCUGGGGAAUCACUGCCCAAAACAGUGUGAAGACCUCUGAUGUCUUGCAGGAAGCCAAAGUGAAUAUUCUGGAGACGAAGAAAUGCAACAGCAGCCAGUGGUACAGCGGGGCCAUGAGUCUUCACACCUUGUGUGCUGGAUAUGAGGAAGGAGGGAUUGACACUUGCCAGGGGGAUAGUGGAGGGCCGUUGAUGUGCAGGACGCCCCCCACUUCUCUGUUCUACGUGGUUGGGAUCACCAGCUGGGGCAAGGGCUGUGGUGAGGCCAACAGUCCAGGUAUUUACACUUCCGUCCGGCAUUUCCUUGAAUGGAUCCUGGGAGAAAUGAUUGAAAUAGAUGGAGGAACAGCCACCGAGAAGCAACAUCCCCAAAAGCAUACAAUGGAAGACUCUGUCACACUCCUUCCUGUUGAAACAGCGACUUUGCAACCCCCAGAAGACCUCCUGGAGGUAAACUUCACCUACAGCUCUCCAGAGCUUUCCACUGAACGCAACGAUGGCGAUGAUCACCAGCAGGACAAGUCUACUUUGAAGGCUCUGUUGGAAGAGACGGAGCCCACAAUUGCUUUGCAAGCCCCCUUUUUCCCCCCCAGAUUUUUACCUCCAUCUAUAGAGCCUCCAUAUAUCCCUCUGGAGCAAUCUGUCACUUUGGAACCACCCUUCUAUCCUAAGGAAACCCCUCCUACAGCACCAGCGCCCCCUUAUAUCCCCAAAGAAACCCCUCCAACGUCUCUGAUGGCUCCGUACAUUCCUCCUGAAGUGAGGGUGAGUGUGGAGCCUCCGUACAUUGCUGAAGAGGAGCCCUACGUCACUCCGGAGCCCCCCAUUCUGCCCACAGAGCCCGUAUAUGUAUCCCCCCAACCAGCUGAUGAGAGAGCUGCCUAUAGCUUUUUAUCUGAGCAGACCUCCUUUGGAAGCACCCCAGAACCCCCACCUAUUCUUCCAGAAGAGCCCCCAUAUAUUCCCCCACGAAAACCCCACCCUGCUGAUGGCCCCCACACUCCUCCGCAUCUUCCGUAUGACUCCCUGGCGAGAGAGGUCCCUCUGGAGCUCCCCUACAUUCCUCCGGAGAAACCCCUCCCUAUUGAGCAUCCUUAUACCCCCCUGGAGCCCCGAUACACUCCUCCAGAGCCCCCCUUGGUUCCUUCAGAGAGACCUGCGGUUCUGGACUACCCCUACACUCCCCCAGAGAAACCUCGCCCCAUUCUGCGCCCUUACACUCCCCCGCAGCCCCUCUACACUCCCCCGCAGCCCCCCUACACUCCUGAAGAGGCGACUGCUCUCCUGGAGCAGCCUUACGUUCCCCCAGAGAGGCCUCCACAUAUGAGGCAUCCUCAUGCUCCUCCGAAGCCACUCUUGGCUCCUGUGGGGUUCCCCUACUACCCUCCAGAGGCAGCAGCGUCUCUGGAGGACUUGGACGCUCCUCCAGAGAAAAUUCACUUUUUAUGGCCCCGAUACGUCCGGCGAAGGAAAACUCACUCACUGGAGCCCCCGAAGAUGCCCCAGAUGGAUGGCCCUCAGCAGCCCUUAGCUGGCCCCCCUGCUGGCCAACGCAUGCAGGAACUGCCUGUGGGCUUGGAGCCCCCACAUCUCAUCCCAGGGACACUUGGCUCCCGCCAGUGGCAAGCGGUUCCUCCGGGCAAACUCUGA